AUGGGCACCAAGAAGCGUGAUUCCUUCGAUAUCCGCGACGACGACGUUUCUGAGAUCUCGGACAACCGAUCAGCCGGCGUCGAGGCCGAAGUCUUUUCCCAGCCUGUUGGCUUCAUACCGAAGUUCCCUGCUCCUCCUCGAUAUAUCAAGGUCAAGGCGCAAUACAGGAAGCGCAAAGACUUCGACAGGUUGUUCCUGGCUCAGGUCCUGUUGGAUACCCCAAAGUCGAAAAGUCGGAAGUUAUCAAUAGACUCCAAGAUACAUAGUAUCAAGGAUGCCCCGGGCAGCAAUCUUCCGCACUCCUCCAACCCGGCAAGCAAUGCGAUAUGGGCUAUGGAAUUCUCAAAGGACGGUCGCUACCUCGCCGCCGCUGGCCAGGACAGGAAAUUACGGGUCUGGGAGGUCAUCUCCACGGCCGAGGAGCGUGAGAUGGACGAGAAACUAGCCGAAACUAAUACCGAGGGUGAGAGGGUAAGACUCAAUGCCCCGGUGUUCAAAAGCAAGCUCCUGCACGAAUACGAGGGCCACACAUCCAGCAUCCUGGACCUCAGCUGGAGUAAAAACAACUUCCUCCUGUCUUCAUCAAUGGACAAGACGGUGAGAUUAUAUCAUGUCAGCCGAGACGAAUGUUUGUGUGCGUUCAGACACAACGAUUUCGUCACUUCGAUCCAGUUCCAUCCACGGGACGAUCGUUUCUUCCUCGCUGGCUCGCUAGACUCAAAACUACGACUCUGGAGCAUACCAGACAAAACCGUGGCGUACUGGGUGCAAGUCCCGGACAUGGUUACGGCCGUAGCGUUUACCCCAGACGGCAAGACCGCAAUUGCUGGAUGUCUCAAUGGACUAUGCAUUCUCUACGACACCGAGGGUCUGAAGGCACAUUCCCAGAUUCAUGUUCGGUCGGCCCGAGGGAAGAAUGCUAAAGGCAGCAAAAUCACCGGAAUCGAUACAAUUGCUCUUCCUCGAGAUAACGGUCAACCAGACGUCAAAUUAUUGAUCACCAGCAACGACUCCCGUGUGCGCAUGUACAAUUUGAAGGACAGAACGCUGGAGUUGAAAUUUCGAGGGAAUGAGAAUACAUGCAGCCAAAUCCACGCCACGUUCAGCGAUGAUGGAAAGUACGUGAUAUGCGGGAGUGAGGAUCGCAAGGUGUACAUAUGGCCCACCUCUAUCAAUGAGAGGCCCGAUAAUGAUAAGCGGCCCAUGGAGGUGUUUGAAGCUCAUUCAGCAAUUGUGACCACGGCCCUGCUGGCCCCGGAGAAGACUAGACGGUUACUUGCACAAUCAGGCGACCCUCUCUACGACUUGUGCAAUCCGCCACCUGUGACGCUGGUUAGUCGUGCUGACUCUGUUAUCUCCUCCCGAGCACCUACCAGCAUCAACUCAGAAGACAAGCACCAUAAGCAGGAAAAAAGAAACUCGGAGUCUCCCAAACGCGCUCCUGAGACUCCGGCAUACCUAGCACGACACUCACACCCAGGCGGUCAGAUCAUCGUGACAGCCGACUACACCGGGCAGAUCAAGGUAUUCCGACAAGAUUGCGCUUACCAGAAACGUCGCCAUGAGUCUUGGGACACGAGCUCGACGUUCUCCAAGAAAGUUCUGGGUAGGAGCGGAUCUGUGGCCACUCGAACAUCUGGCAGCACUUCGCUGCACCGCAACUCAUUUGCGCUAAGCUCCAAGAACCAUUCGACCGAUCGAAUCUUGAAUUGGAGAAACACAGUGAGCGCCAACCAUGCUGCUGCCAACGCGUCUACUGGGGCGCUUGAGGCUCGGGGCUCCUUGGGCAACGGGGACCGGUCACGUAGUGCGUCACCUCGCAAACUCCUUUCGCCUCGUCUUCCCACCCGAAAGACAUCGCCUCCUACGAAAGAGGCAUCCACCUCGCCCACCGUCAACGGGUCCCAUUCACCCUCGAUACAGGCCCAACGAAUGCCUUCCAUAUCCGUUCAUUCACCUUUAGCAGAGUCACCGGCUAGUUUCCAUUCUGCUCCGCAAGCAACAUCUCCAGAAAGGAGAAACUCUGAGAUGACGACGGGUUUGACACCGGUUCCAUCCAAUCCAACACUAGCCGAUCUCCCCCGCAACGCCAACGACCCCCUUUUCCUCAUGGACCAACAGUCCUAUCUCGCCUGGGACGUGAAGAAUACAUUGAUGCCCAUGGCUGCGCACACACCGCGGAGUCCUGGUCUGCUAAACGCAGAAGGCAAUCCUCUCUCCCGGGAAGGCAGCUACGUGAGCCAACUGUCUAGCGACCUCACCGGCUCUGAGCACGAGGGGAACAGUACGAGGAGCACGAGCGCCAAGGGACAAGGACGGGCCGGUGGCGAUGUCGACGAUGUCAAGACCGAGAGCCAAGUCCGCCGGUCUCGUGGCCGGCGUAGACAAAGCGCCGAUAGUGAGAACGAUCUACGAUGCAGAGAAUGUGGGAGCAAGACAUUUAAGGCCACUAUGACGGACACGGGGCAGAGUUUCCGUUGCAAAAAAUGCGGCACUGUUGUAUGA